AUGCCAUUACCUAUCUUACCGUACUUCUCGAAAGAGCCAGUGUGCAAGAAGAUCUCACUUGUGGGACAGGUGUUGAUCCCAUUUGUGGCUGGAAAAACUAAGUCGGAGGACAUCACAAAAUAUUCAACAACAGCAUUUUUCGAGGUUAACUUGGACUACACGUCGGCGGAGAUCGACGAGGACACCAUAGAACAACUCUUGGCAUUGUACAACAAGGGCGUGUCGAAGGUUUUCGCGCCGGUGAGAGUUGCUGAGGAGAUCAAGUCACGAAUUCCAAAUGCAAGACUUGUGUAUAAGGUUUUGACAACAGCAGAGGCAGCAGGUGUGAAAAAUGCGGCGGUGGCCAUCACGGAGACGCCCUCGAGUCCUGAGGCAGUGCAGCCAUUUGCCCAGGCCGGCGUGUACGUGUUUGUGAGCCGGAAAUUGGACUCUGGCAGCAUUUCUGGUUGGGCAAAGUCCGCAGCGACGAUUGUGAUCGAUUCAAGCCUCGUCACGACCGAGUACGAGCACCCAGCGGCUGGAAAAACGCCGUUGAUCGAGUACAUUGUGGCUGGGUUGAGGACGGACAGACCGGACGGGCUGUACACGACUGUGGCGGUGAAUGCAGAGCACCAAGCACUCGGAGUUGCAUAUUCUUCGAAACAGUCGAUUGCAGAGGCUUUUAGGCGCAAGGCGGGCGUGUACCAGUCGAGGACACGUGGCCUAUGGGUGAAGGGGUUGACCUCUGGAAACACGCAGGAGUUGUAUCGGGUGGACUCGGACUGUGACGGAGAUGCGAUCCAGUUUGUGGUGGAGCAGAAAGGAGCCGGAUUCUGCCACAAGGACACGAGUACGUGUUUCGGGCAGUUGCCAGGGUUGUCGAACUUGGAGACGGUGUUGCGCGAGAGGGUGGCAAACGCUCCAGAAGGUUCCUACACGAAGCGGUUGCUCAACAACCGGAAAAUGCUGGAUUCGAAGAUUAGAGAGGAGGCAGACGAGCUCAUUGAUGCGAACACGAAGAGCGAGAUCGCGUGGGAGGCAGCCGAUCUCUUCUACUUUGCGAUGGUGAAGUGUGCGAAGAACGGGGUGAGCUUGGCGGACAUCGAGAAGAACCUGGAGGCGAAAUCUCUAAGAGUGACACGCCGUCAAGGAAAUGCCAAGCCUAAAUACGUGGCAGAGACAGAGGAACAUGACAGGGAGAAACAGCAGAAGGCAGAGAAGGAGGCAGAGAAGAAGGUGGAGCUGGAAAUCGACCCAGAGGCCCCAAUCGUGCUGAAAAGAGUGGAUGCAGACACAGCCUCGGCCGAGGAGGUGGCAGCAUGCUUGAAGAGGCCAAUCCACACAAGCAAGGACAUCAUGUCGCUUGUGACACCGAUUGUCGAGCGGGUGAAGAGCGAGGGAGACAAGGCACUUCUUGAUUUGACGCAGAAGUUCGACCACGUGUCCUUAAAGACGCCAAUGAUGAGUGCACCGUUCGCAGAGUCGUCGAUGCAGAUUACCGACGAUGUCCGGCGGGCCAUCGACAUCGCGUUCGAGAAUGUGCGCAAAUUCCACGAGGCACAGCUCCGCAAAGGUGUCAUGAAGGUCGAAACGUGCCCAGGUGUGGUUUGCAGCCGGUUUGCAAGGCCUAUUGAGCGGGUUGGGUGUUAUGUUCCGGGUGGAACGGCAGUGUUGCCAUCCACUUCGCUCAUGCUUUCCGUUCCAGCCUUAGUUGCAGGCUGCAAAGACAUCAUCUUUGCCUCUCCACCGGGCAAGGACGGCAAGUUGACGCCUGAAGUUGUCUACGUGGCCCACAAAGUCGGUGCCAAGGGCAUUGUGAUGGCCGGAGGUGCCCAGGCAGUGGCUGCCAUGGCCUACGGUACGCAAACGAUUCCGAAAUGCGACAAGAUUAUGGGUCCCGGCAACCAGUUCGUGACAGCUGCCAAAAUGCUUGUUUCGAACGAUUCCGCAGCAAUGUGUGCCAUCGAUAUGCCUGCCGGACCUUCGGAGGUUCUUGUGGUUGCAGACCAGUUUGCAGACACCGAUUUCGUGGCCUCGGAUUUGCUUUCGCAGGCCGAACACGGUGUGGACUCGCAGGUUCUCUGUAUUGCAGUCAAUAUGCCAAAGAGCAAGCUCGAUGAGCUCGACAGAGCAGUUGACUCGCAGGCCAGAAGACUUCCUCGUGUUGCCAUCGUCAGGAAGUGCAUUGCACACUCCACUACGUUGCAGGUGAAGACCUACGCGGAGGCCUUUGAGAUGGCCAACCGUUACGCUCCGGAGCACUUGAUUUUGCAGAUCAAGGAUGCCGAGAAGUGGGUCGACAGCGUCAACAACGCUGGUUCCGUGUUUGUCGGAGCCUACUCGCCCGAAUCCUGCGGUGACUACGCCUCAGGUACAAACCACACGCUUCCAACCUAUGGAUAUGCCAGAAUGUACUCCGGUGUCAACACUGCCACCUUCCAGAAGUUCAUCACCUCCCAGGUUGUCACUCCAGAAGGUUUGAAGUCGAUCGGAAAGGCCACCAUGGAUUUGGCCGCCGUCGAGGGUCUAGAUGCCCACAGAAAUGCUGUCAAGAUUCGUAUGGAGAAGCUUGGCUUGUAUCCCCCCAGUAACUAG